UUUUAUAUACCCUUCAAACACCCUAGGUAUGCACUCUAAUAAUGCGAAGAAGAAAACAGUUAUUGUACUGUUGUCAUCAUUUUAAGUAGCCCUUUUUUUUUUAUUUCUUUUUUAUUAUUAUUUAAUUAAUACAAUAAUGAAAGAUACAAGCCUUCAAAAACUUCAACCUUUUUUAUUAUUGUCUAAAUCAGUCAAAGGUGUUGCUAAUAUAAAAUUGAUUAUGGAUGCAUUGAGUGCACCUGGUGUUUUUGUUUUUACAGAAUUAUAUGAAUCACCUAAUUUAAUUGAAGCAUCUACAUUACCAGAAGUAAUGCCUUAUUAUACUUUACUUGGUAUUUUUCUUUAUGGAACAUAUAAAGAUUAUCAAGAAAAUAGUUCAAACUUACCAUCAUUAAAUACAAAUCAACUAAAAAAACUAAAGCUUUUGACCAUUGUCACUCUUUCAGAAUCACAACAGACACUUUCAUAUGAUUUAUUACAAUCAUAUCUUGAUAUACCCACAGUAAGAGAAUUAGAAGAUUUAAUUAUCGAUGGCUUUUAUCAAGAUGUGUUAAGAGGAAAGUUGGAUCAAAAGCAACGUCAUUUACAAGUCAUGUAUAGUAUAGGUCGUGAUUUAAGACCUCAACAACUAGAUGAAACCAUGAACGCACUUGCUGCAUGGUCAGCUAGCACCAUUCGUUUAUUAGGUGUCUUGGAUGCAAAAAUCGCAAGUCUACAAGAUUCAAUUCAAGUUAAUGAACAAGAUCGUGACGAUUAUACAGCAAAGUUGGAACAAUUAAAACGGGAUGUUCGUUCUAAUGUUAACUUGAAGAAAGUAGAUACUUUAGCCUUAGAUGAUUCAAUGCUGAAAAAAAAGGGUUAUAUUAAUUCGCCUGAUUAUAAUGAUGAAAGAAUAAAGAAAAGUAGAGCAUCAAAAAGAUUUAUGGUUGGCAAAUCUUGAAGGACAGGGAAUAUAUUGUAUCA